AUGGAAUCCUACAAAUCUACUAUCAGAAAGGUGUUCGGUGUAGUCUUUAACGCGAAAGCUUACCCAGACUCAAUCCACAGCGCCAAACUUUCAGGAUCAAAAGUCGACAGUGUAGCUCAUCCAACACUCCUUAAGGAUGACUCCAUCGAAAAUGAAUACACCAUGUCAGCAGAGUAUCUCCAGAAAGAAGCAUACCAUGGUUCAUCCAUGAGCUACCAAGCUGCACAAAUGCUCCUCUGGUCCUUCAUCGCCAUUCUCAUUGCUCCUAUUCUCAUCAUCGUCAACAUCCUCUUUCAAUUCCGCGACUCCAAGUACUCCUGGGCUGCGAUGACUGGCUGUGUAUUCUUCAUUCUAUCACUCAUCUCCUAUUUUCUUCGCAGCAGCAAAGAACUUGACGAGUCCUAUUCCGCGAGUUGGGGAAUGAAGACUAAAACUACCGCGCAAGAGAUUCAAGAUCGGAUAUAUGCCAACGAUCGAAAUACGUACUUCUCUCUUUCCCUACCUGCCAAUAUGGAAUCAUGUAUUAACACUGGCGUUGCAGAAAAUUUCGCACCACUCACCUUGCUCAUAUUCAAAAUCUCCAGACUAUCCCUGAGAAUCAAUCUCCUAGGAGUUUGGGCAAUAUGCGACAUCAAAUGA